CGGACGCCGGACCGGAUGGCGCACACGCGGAAGGGCAAUAAUCCAACGGUCAAGAUAAAACGCUAAGCCGGGUGCGCUCAUCUCCACCACACAUCGCACGGCUCCAGUAAUAGCCGCCUCCCACCCACACCAUUGCUUACCCAAAACCCCCUCCCCCUCCACUCCGUCAUCUCACAACCCAAAGAGAAACAGCCAAAUCACAGCUCCCACCACGGCGCCGCCACCACCUCCAGCCCCACCGCCACGGCGGCCGGUGCAACCCUUUCCGUCGCACCCAUUGCGUGCGCAGCCGCCCUCCUCCCCACCGCUCGGCUCCUGCGCGGGCGAAUGGGUUACUCAUCCGCCGCCGCCGCCGCCUUCGCCGUCCUUCCCGCCCCCUCCCCAUCGUCCUCCGACGACUCCGACGACGCCAAUACCCUCCCUACCAACCCCAUCGUGGAGCCGGAAGUAGCCUCCCCGCACCAAACUCCGCCUCCAAAGCUGCAGCAGCUGGAGCGCGGCUGCAACUUGGCAAUGACGCCGCUGGGGCGCGCCGGGGACGUCGACCAGGUCGUCCACCUCUUCUCCGACCUCAUGCUCUCCACCUCAAGCGCCGGCGUCCCGCCCAGCGUGCUCUGCUACAACACGCUCCUCAACGCGCUCGUGGAGGCCGGCCGCGCGGUGGAGGCCCGCAGCGUGUUCGACGGAAUGCUCGCGGCGGGCGUGGCGCCCAACGCGUCGUCCUUCAACAUCCUCGUCAAGCUGUACGCGUGGCGGACCGCCGACUUCCAUCUUGCCUACGACCAGAUCCACGCCAUGCGGCGCCACGGGUUGCUGCCCGACGUCGGCACCUUCUCCACGCUCGUCACGGGGCUGUGCCGGGCGGGGAAGCUUGACGAGGCCUGGGGCGUGCUCGAUUGGAUGCUGCAGGAAGGGUGCCGCCCCAUGGUGCACACGUACACGCCCAUCGUGCAGGGCUAUUGUCGUCAGGGCCAGAUCGAGGAGGCUACCAACCUGAUUGGCUUCAUGGAGGAUGCCGGUUGUCCUCCCAAUGCUGUCACUUACAAUGUUCUGAUAAGGGCGCUGUGUGACGAUGCCAGGUUCGCUGAGGUCGAGCAGGUGUUAGCAGAGAUUGAAACUAAGGGCCACGAGCUCAGUACGGUUACCUAUAAUAUAUACAUGGAUGCUCUUGGCAAGAAAGGCAUGGCUAAGGAAGCACUCAAGCAGUUUGAGGCCUUGCAAUGUAAAGGGCUGCAUCCCACAGCUUUUACUUUGAGCAUCAUUCUAAAUUGCCUUUGCUGUACCUCGAGGUUUUCACAAGCCAUUUCCAUCUUGGAGAGGAGCACAGACUUAAAUUUCUGCGCUGCUGUUGUUGCUUACAACACUGUGAUGAGCAGACUGUGUGACAUGGGCAGAUGGCCAGCUGUUCUGGAGCUCUUGGCAGACAUGAUCAAGAAAUGUAUCAUACCCAACACACGCACGCUCAACAUUUUCAUUCAUAGUCUUUGCAUCGCUGAUAAGCUUUCUGUAGCUAUGAAACUGGUCUGUAAUCAAGGGUUUCCUGCAAAUGCUGUGACAUACAAUACACUCAUCCAUUCGUUUUACUUAAGAGGAGAGGCCUAUGAGGCGGACAACAUGUUUGCGUACAUGACAGAAGUAGCAAAUAUUGCUCCAGAUGAAGUCACCUAUACCAUAAUGGUUGAUGGAUUAUGCAGACAAGGAAAAUUUGAUAAGGCUACUGAUUUUUUUAAGGAGUCUCUGAGGAAUAGGCUUAGGCUGUCAAAGGAUCUUCUUACUGCCCUUCUAAACGGGCUUGCUCGCAGUGAUAGAAACACAAACAUCCUUGUUGUAUUCCAAGAAAUCGAAAGACAGGGCUUUGUCCGUUGUUACUUGAUAUUUGGUGAUACAGUUAGAUCAAUCUGUCAGGUUGGUUUUCGUCAGCACACAAAGAUGUAUGGUCUGCCUUUUUUGCUGGAAGGAAUGUUGGGACCUGGCAAGGAAGUUUACCCAGCCCAUAAGGGCCAAGGAAAGGGAAAAUGAUCGCAAGAAAGAUGGCAACUGAUGAACUUCAGUUCGCUCUGAGGUACAGGCAGGAAUAUACAAUUACACUAUAUUUGUCACAGUAUCCAGUAGUGGGAGUUCAGAGGCAAAACGAUGAAGAUGGAAUUUGUAAUGAGGAGCACCACCUUUGGGAUUUUUUUUUGCAAAGCACACACAUGGGAAUAGCCAGAUUGCACAGCAGGUAGCUGUAUUAAUCUCUAAUAUUGCACGCUGGGAUUACCCAAAAGAGCGGUAUGUGUUUAUGAUACAGUCUGCCAAUGUUCUAAUUUCCCAUCAUGUGUUUAUGGCCUUGUUUCAAACCCCGAAGUAGGUGGCGAUUAAACAUUUUGCCAUGGCUCUGAAGAAUUAUGGAGAGGUAAUUUCAUUCAAUUGGAGCCACUUAUCCAUGUGUGUCCCUACUCAGAUGUGCUUGUGUUUUGUCUGUUGAUAUUUUUGUUUCUUUUUAUUUUAUUUUGACCUGAUUCCAUACUGGCUUCUUGUCAUGAGGCACCGUCAUAGCAAACUCAUAUUAUUUCUGUAUUUUUUUUUUAUUUGAGCACACUAAAGCAUCUCAAGGGAUUCACUGGUACAAUGUCAUAAUCGCACCAAUGCUAGAGGAUUCUCUUUUUUCUAGAUGAUGGUGCAAAACAAUGAAGGCUGUUCCAAAAGAGAAGAAAAGGGCUGAAUUCGCUCACCAUUCUGGUUGCUUGGGAGUAGUGGAAGCGUAGGAAUGCUCGUGUCUUUGAUGGUGCUAGUCCUUGUAUUCAAAGAGUUUUAGUUGUGUCGGACGGAGUUCCAUUCCAACUGACUCUGGAACCAAACACUAUCUAAGUUGCAGGUUCAAAGCAGCCUCUCCGCAUUUGCGGGGGGAAAGACUUGCCUUCCUCAGACUCCACUAGCCUCCAGCACUAGGACUGUCCUUUAUGCUAGUGCCUCAAGAACUGCACAAAAACUCAGACGAGUCCUUCAAAGACAGGCAAAUCGCUAAGUUGAUUUAAGCAAGGCAGAAAUCCAUCCAUAUUGUUUCGUUCACCAAAGUGUGCUUCCAGCUACAGUUGACUAUGGCAGAAGAUUAUUAUAGAUCCUGAACGGACUGACUGCUCGAGGAGUUUCAGUACUGGACUGCAGGUCCCACAGAGGGUCAAUUUUUAAUAUACCCUGAUGAAAGCUACUGAACCCAGGUCCAAUCCACACGCCGGAUCGGGCACCAAAUCCUUCCAGCUGCCUGGAUCAGCGCCUCAGGGGAGAGAGGAAGAAGCUGCAAUGGAAGGAAAGGUUUAGCAGAAUUGGUAUUUAGGGGCUGCACACAGCCAGGUAUGUGCGUUGCAGUCGGGCAAGGCUGUUAUCGUCUAUGUUGUUGUUCUAGUUGCCGGCAUAGAAUUAUACUGCCACGUGAUGAUGGCUCAUUUGGAUUAUAUAUGCAAAAGCAAAGUCAUUAUCUUCCGCCUAAUUAAGUUGUUUCUCUCCCAAAUCAGACCUUCCAUCCAAAUAUAGCAAACUCGGCUUAAUUGAGCAGUCAAAUAUUCUUUGUCCUCUCCAUUCCCUAUACAUAAUUUUGUCUCAGAUGCAUUGUCUUACGAUCUUUUCUUUUGACACCA